UGUCUCGGCGAUGGCUACUCCCUGGAGGUGCGCCCUGUUGAUGAUCCUGGCGUCCCAGGUGGUGACCCUGGUAAAAUGCUUGGAAGAGGACGACGUCCCGGAGGAGUGGCUCCUUCUGCACGUGGUCCAAGGCCAGAUAGGAGCCGGGAAUUACAGCUACUUGCGGUUGAACCACGAGGGUAAAAUUAUUCUCAGGAUGCAGAGCCUCAGAGGGGAUGCGGACCUGUACGUGUCCGACACCACUCUGCACCCAAGCUUUGAUGACUAUGAGCUGCAGUCGGUCACUUGCGGCCAGGAUGUGGUCUCUAUACCGGCGCACUUCCAGCGCCCGGUGGGGAUAGGAAUUUAUGGACACCCCUCACACCAUGAAAGCGACUUUGAGAUGAGGGUGUACUCUGACAGAACUGUGGAUCAGUACCCAUUUGGAGAGGCUGCCUAUUCUGCUGACCCCACAGGAGCCAGUCAGAACCAAGCUUAUGCUCCAGAGGAGGCAGCCCAAGAGGAGGAAUCGGUCCUCUGGACGAUAUUGAUUAGCAUUUUGAAAUUGGUGCUGGAAAUUCUCUUCUGAACCUUUAUUUGCACGGAUCGACUGGUUUGCCGCGGACCUUGUUACUUGACCUGGUGAAAUUCUGGUUACUUUUUCUAGACUAGGAUGGAAAAAUAAAGCCAUACAGUUUUGUUACCUCAGUUUACUCCCCAAGCAGGAAAAGCAGCAAGCACAAUAUUUUAUAGAUUAAAAUUUCUACAAAAGGAGUCUGCUCAAUAAAAUGUUUAAAUACAUUUUGGUUAGUCAGGUGAGUAAAAUGAUCCCUGCAGUAACAGGCUGUAUAAAUCAGAUUAAACUUUUGUGCUAGUGCAGAUGAAAUUAAAAGGCUGUAGAAUUUAUUCUCUAGACAUUCUAAAUGAAGUCCAGCACUUGGAGCUUUAAUGAGGUCCUAAAGCCAGGUCGGGAAUGCGAUGACAGCCUCUGUGCACAGGAGGGACAGGGUACCUGAUACUCAAGGCCUCUGCAGACUGUUGCUGUGCCAGCUGAUGGCCGUCCCGGAUCCAGUUGGACCAGGUCCUGGGCUGACAGGAGUAACCCUGAUACUGCCUACGCAGGCCAGGACAGUCAUAGCAAACGGUAACUUUGACUCAAGAAGGAUUUCAAAUUAAGUUGAUACAUUUUUCAGGAUUUCAAAUUAAGUUGAUACAUUUUUCUGCUGAUCUCCGGAAAAAGACAGCACAAAAGAGAUUAAAAUCUGGGGAAAUGAGCCAUUUCUCUUGACUUUCUUUCAAGGGUAGGAGUUGCUAAUGAUGAAAUAAAUCAACUUGAAGAUG